CCAGCUUAGAUAAUUAGUUGAUCAUCAAAACGCCAAGAACGUCAACUAUUUUAUAUUUUUACGUACUUUUAACCACUAAACGUGAUUCUUUUUUUUGAAUUUAUCCAUUCGAUAAUACAAAAUGUCGAUUAAACACUUAAUUUUUUUAAUUUUUGCAUCAGUGACAAUUUUUGAAGUCCAAUGUUUCAGAAUUGGAUCUGUUGUUAGAAAAAGAAGUUGCACACCUAAGUCAAUGUCAAUGUUUGCGAUGGCAAUACCAAAAUAUGAAAAUAUAGAUUUGACGGGAUUGGUAACGAUUACUUCACCAUGCAUGACAGAUAAUUGCGAUGAAGUAUUCGAAUAUUACAAAUUCACGUGUUUUGGUUUUCUUAUUCAUCCCAAAAUAGUUCUUACGCUUUCAAAUUGUGUACCACAAAGCCAUUCUGUGAAUUUUGUAAAAGUGCGUGCCUAUAACUGGAACAGAAAUGAAAAUCAAAUUAAUGACAAUACUCUCUACAAUGCUCAAGAUGUUUCAGAAAUAAUAAACUAUCCACAAAACAAUCCACGUUUUCCUAGAAAAAAAUUAAAUAAUCUAGCGGCUGUAAUUUUGUCACAACCAUUAAAUGUCAAUUCGCUUUUUGAAUUGGCAAACAAAACUAAUGCUGAUCUCAAUAAUUGUGCUAUAAUUGAUUCAGACGAAGAAAUUAAUGAUGAAGAUGUACUUGAAUUAGAUCAAUUUUCACCACAUAUUUAUGAAACUUCUGAAAAUGGCUUUGAAAAUUGUUUCAUAAAAAAUAAAAAAGAUUUGUCAUUCGAUAAAACUUUUUGUGCUUAUACUUCAUCUGAUUCAUUUUGCGGAGGAAAUCUAGGGAAUCCGUACAUAUGUCGGUCUUUGGAAAACGAUAAAAAACAUUUACUAAAAGGUAUUUUGAUUGACCGAGAAGGUCAACAUUCAGCUUAUUUGAACACUGAUGAUAUAUCCGGCUGGGUAGGAAAAAUUAAAUCGUCACAUGGACUAUAAUUAUACAUAUAAGAAAUUGUAAACGAAAAUAAAUAUUUAUUUAUUUAAAUUAUACAUUAAUCUGUAAAAUAAAUCCACUAUAAGUAUGAAAAAAAAAAAUCUUGAUAUGAUUAUUUAUUUUUUCCGGGAUUUUUCCGUCAAUGAAUAUGAAAAUUUAUCAAGUAAAGAGCAGAGAGUAGAGCGUCAUCGUAUCUAUUCGUGUGACUGAGGAUCAAAGGCGUAAAGUACAUGUGCAAGUGUAAACACUGAAAUCUAAACUCCCUUCGUGGUUAAAUCGCAGUCAAAGUUAAUGCUCUUAAAAAGCGCAAGCGAAAAAAAUAAAUAAAAAAUUCUCAAGACCACACUCACUUUUCAUACUGAAUUUUUAUGAACAUUUUACCAGAUUGCCUUCAACUAAUUUCUCUUUUUUCAAUAACGCUCAUAGAAAUAUAUUUUCUUUUCAACAAGUGAGUCAUCUUAUACGUUUUUAAGUGAACGAAUAAUUUCAAUUUUCUGACACUUAAUUGCUCGGAGAAAACGUUUUUCUCACAUUUCAAUUACAAUUUCAUGAAAAAUUUUCUGUGAAAAAAUAGCAAAUAGACAAACAUCUGAAAAAGUUUAUUUUACUAAUGUUAUAUGACAUAAAUGAGAAAAAUUAAAUUUUAAUUAUGAAUGAAAUUCGAAAAAAAAUAAAAUUUAAGUCAAGUAAAAUAUGCUGAUAUAAAAGCUCUUGAAUUUAAAGUCUUUGAUGCUGAGCAAAACCCUUGACUUUUGUGUACUAUAAAAUUCAUAUGAAUGAAUUAUAAAUGCACAUGCGUCAAUACAUGUUACAUAUAUGCAAUUAUAUAAAGUAUAAUUAUGUAACAAAAGUAUAAUAUCUGAUAAUAACAAUAAUAAUGAUAGCAAUAAAAUAGGAAUAGGGUAUUUGUGUAUGUACUUUGAAAGUAAAUUUUAAAAGAAAUUGCACUCCACUCAAGAGUCAUAUUUACAAAUGGAACAAUGGUUACGUAAAUUUUCAGUUAAGUCAAAGUUGAUACUCGAAAAGUUUUUUGAGGUAUUCAAACAGUUUCAUGAUAAUUUUAUUUAUUUUAUUUUUAUUACUCAAAUAUACAUUUUAUAUUUUA